CAGGCAGCAGGCAGAGAGUGACUCUCCCCCAGCUGAGGGCAGCAGUGGUCACGGCUCCGUUACACAGUCCGUCUAAGAGAGAAGCAGAGGGAAAAAGAGAGCGAGAGGAAUAACGGGAACUGGGUCGGUUUGGGAUAUUAAAUUGUCCGGGGGAAACGCAGUUGAGUGAAGAGGCUACUACUCUGAAACGAAAAGGUUGGAUUGAUCUGAUUAUUCCUCUUGGUGUCUGCAGAUGGAGGAGUAACUUUUUGGGGCACUAAAGAGGCAGAGAGACAGGGAUAAAGAUGCUCUCCUCCCUCCUCCUGGACCCAUUAAUCCAUCCUGUUUGCUUCAUUUAGAUUCAGCAGCUGUUUCUACAAGAGUAGACUUAAAAAGUUGCAGACACACAAAUACACAUUUUUAUUACCUUGUUUUCUGGCAUUGAAGGUCGGUAUUUAAGCAAUGGCAAACAUUUGCCGAUAUGGCAGCUUCACCCACGCCGUGGUGCGAGGCAUCCCAGAGACCUUUGGGAAAGCUGAGGCGGGGGACAGUCGUGAGAACGGGGAUAUUUCUGUGGACCUGGCCAAAGCUCAGCGGCAGUUUGGGUGCCUGACAGGAGCUCUGAGGCAGAAAGUUGGCCUGCAGCUGAUCGAGAUCCCCCCUGACCCCGAGCUGCCAGAGAGCUGGAGGAUAGAGGAUGUGGCAGUCAUCCAGGGAGACACAGCGCUCAUGACAAGGCCCUACAAGCAUCAGAGACGCAGUGAGGCGGAGGCAGUGAGGAGGGUGAUGUCGGAGCUAAACCUGACCGUGGUUGAGAUGGGGACAGACGGGGAUUCUGGAGGGGCCACACUUGAAGGCAGUGACGUCCUCUUCACAGGAAGGGAGUUCUUUGUCGGCCUCUCCUCCCACACUAACCGCAGUGGGGCUGAAGUGCUGGCGGACACUUUCAGGGACUUUGCCGUGUCCACUGUUCCUGUCUGUGGCGGAGCCCGACUGAAGAACAUCUGUUCUAUGGGGGGUCCAGAUGCGAUCAUCAUCAACAACAGUGACGGGGCCAAGAAGACACUCCGGAUGAUGGAACAGCUGACCGAUCACCACUACGAAGUCCUGACUGUUCCUGAGGAAUCAGCUGCAAACUGCGUCUACAUCAGAGGCCCUUCUAGUCGAGACUUCCUGCUCCAUCGGCCUGCAGAGGAAUGUCCUGACAGUGUGGCUGCCUUCCAGAAGCUCCAGGACUACACCCUCCUGCCUACAGCCUGCAGCGAGGCCUCCAAACUGGGAGCCUCUCUGUCCUCGCUGUGCCUGCUCAUUAACAGAAAACACACAUAUUUCUAAAAACACAGCCACAUACCUGUCAGUUUAUCACAUGAUUGACCUGAACAUGUUCACAGCAGGACGGGGGGGCAUGAAAACAGGUCACAUAACUGAUUUCCACAGAUUAAAAUUCUUUUUCUAUUUA